UCACAAAUCAAGUAUCUGAGUCAGUUAACUCGGACGGGUCCAGUCGGGCCAUAUUUAGAUCGCUUCGUCCGAUCCUGCGCCAUUUCCUUCCCCGACGAAGAGAGGGGGAAAAUGGCGAUGACCAUGGAAGGCUUGCUGGACUUGCUUUUAUGUUUUCGUCUAGCAUACUGUUACAGAUCCUGGCUUGUGCUUUAUACAACAACUGGUGGCCAAUGUUAUCUGCGCUCAUGUAUGUUCUGAUACCCAUGCCAUGUCUUUUCUUUGGAGAUGGUUCGACACGGUUCUUGACAAGCAGAGAAGGUGGCGGUUGGAUCAGUGCUGCCAAGUUUUUGACUGGGGCUUCAGCCGUGGGGAGCAUAGCGAUUCCAGCAAUUUUAAGGCAUGCCAACUUGAUCGAGACAGGGGCUAUGCUAAUAGAGUUCACGUCGUUCUUCAUCCUCGUUUGCACAAUUCUUUGUUUCCAUCGAGUAACUCUCGAGGAAGAUUGGUGAAUGCCAUUGCCUGAAGAAACUGAGCUCUCCGGUACAGCCAGAUACAUAUUUGCUGUGUAGAAAAAAGGUUGACAUCAUAUUUGCAAGCUUUUUUAGCAUGGUUCAGAAAAAGAAAAUGGCAAGUAAUGCUGUGCAGUUCACGUUUGAAUUGGGUAGACGAAAAUUAAAGCUACUUCAUCCUUGUCAAAAACAUAGUCAGCUGAGUCAUGAAAAAGCAAGAAAUUACUAAAUUUCUUAUGACAAGAUAUUCAUAUAGAUGGUUAGUAAUAGUUGGAUUUGGUUUGGAUUGGAGCA